AUGGCGACCGACGUGGUCAAGCACGAGUUCAAGCAGGAGUUCAGGGAUGAGUUUCAUGAGGACAUCCAGGAAGAGGACGGAUUCGCCGCCUCAGCAUCGUCCAUGUCAGCUUCGCCGUCUCCCUGCAAGUCCCCUCUUCCGACGCCCAAGUCCGGCACUCCGAGCAAAAUCAUGAAGUCCCCCGCCCAUGGAUCCAAAUCGCAAGGCUCCGGGUCCAGGCGGCCGGCCCGCAAGAGCACCCUCACGCAGCAGCAGAAGAACCAGAAGAGACAACGGGCAACGCAGGACCAGUUGACGACGCUUGAGAUGGAAUUCAACAAGAACCCGACCCCCACGGCCACUGUGCGCGACAGGAUAGCCGAGGAGAUCAACAUGACCGAGAGGUCUGUUCAGAUCUGGUUCCAGAACCGGCGCGCCAAGAUCAAGAUGCUGGCCAAGAAGAGCCUCGAAAGCGGCGAAGACAUGGACUCCAUCCCUGAGUCCAUGCGUCAGUAUCUUGCAAUGCAGGCUAUGGAGUCGGGCAAGAGCAUCCCGGGCUUCUUCGGUCGUACCGGCCUCAUGCCCUACGGCCACCAAGGUAUGAUGGGUGGCGAGCAGUCUGGGCCUGGCAAAGUUUUGAUUCACCACCUCAGCUGUCGCUCCCUGACCAUCGGCAGGUGGAUGCGGGUUGGUCAGAACGCGAUGGAUUUGAUCAUUUUCUACUCGCCUGACAAGUGCACGAUGACCUACUACAUCAACAACGACCAGGCCGGGUACAAGAUCGAAUACCCGUUUUCCUACAUCAAGAACAUCUACUUGAACAACGUCGAGGGCGGUGAUCAACUUGGCGGCAUCACGAUUGAGCUCCUGAACUCGCCCAAUUUCUUCAUGGACUCAUCGACGACUGCGACCUUCAUCCAGGUCAACGAUUUCACCGAGGAUCUGCAAGCUUCCCGGGUGCUGACGCAUCACCUUGGUGGAAACCCAAAGGUGCUGAGCGGCCAGCUGGCGAAGUUGGUCAGUUUGGAAGCUUUCAUUCAUCGUCACAGUGCGCCUGCGCCCGUCUUCGACCAACUUCACCCCAUGUCCAUGUCUGCCCCGGUUUCGCCGGCACGACCGUCGUCGCAACCCAACUUCGCACAGCCACACGUGGGCAUGUUUCAAGAAUCGCAGUGGGGUAUUGCGCCUCAUCACCACCAGACCAUGAUGAUGCGUGGCCCAGGCCACAAGAGGCAGCGCAGCCGCAGUGUACCGGGUCCCAUCGACUUCCAGACGAUGCAGAUGCUACAGCACCCCCCGAGCUUCCACAUUACGCAGCCCGAAAACCAGGCGCCGACUCACAACCCCCAGAUCUUCAGCCCGGUGCCCCAGCAGCCCAACAUGCUGGGCCCUGUCGGACCCAACCUGCGGAUCGAUACCCGGGCUGGCUUCGGUGCGUUGGACAUGCGAGCAUAUCCGCUCUCCGCGACAACGGCCCCCUCGCCGUCGGACUAUUCGAGUCCCAACUUCUUCGCCAGCCAGGCACCUGACAACGGUGGAAUUUCGGCACCCAGCUUUACCCCCUACAGCGGCACGUUUUCUCCUCUGGUCAACCCGGCAAACCUGGGCGUUCCUCCACCGUCGAUCUCACCGCUCUCGUUCAACCACCCUGACCCGGCGAUUGUGGGAGAAUCACCGCCCAUGUCGAUGCCUCCGAUUUGCGAGGGUUCUGGUAUCUCGGACGACGGUGCCAACCUGAACGACAUGUACCAGACCGGAAAGCCGACCAUGACGCUGCCGAUGCAUCCGCACUCACCGUUUGUGGAGCCAAACCAAGCCGACAUGGAGCUCAACCAGUUCAUGGAUUUGAAACGCUUCGAUGCGGAGCAAGCCUCGCUCUCGCCCGAGAGCGUCCAAGCCCAGUAA